AUGACUACUGAGGUAUUUUUUGAGGUUGAAAGGAUCGAGAGUGAUGCAAUGGGUGUGGAGAAGAAGAGAGAGAAAUUAGGAAGAAUUGUGAUGGAAUUGAGGUGUGAUGAAACACCCAAGACAGCAGAGAAUUUUAGGUGUCUCUGUACUGGUGAAAAGAACAUGAGUUUUAAGAACUCGACUUUUCACAGAGUCAUUCCAAAUUUUAUGAUCCAAGGUGGUGAUUUUACCAACCACAAUGGAACAGGUGGUAAGAGUAUCUAUGGAAGAAAGUUUGAGGAUGAGAAUUUUAAGCUUAAACACACGGGACCAGGAAUACUAUCAAUGGCAAAUUCUGGUCCAAAUACAAAUGGAUCUCAAUUUUUUAUUACUACAGCGAAGACCUCCUGGUUGGAUGGGAAGCAUGUGGUAUUUGGAUCUGUUACCAGCGGAAUGGAAGUGGUUAGGAAGAUUGAGGGAUAUGGCAGUCAGAAUGGAGAGUUGAAGAAAGGUGUUAAGAUCGUUAUUUCCGAUUGUGGAGAGGUUAAAGCUUAA